CUGUAGUGGGGGCAUCACCUUUAUCAUACUUAGUGCACACGUUAACUGUGCAUGACACUCCAGGUGGGGGGUCUGCCAGGUGCCAGGCUGCUCUGUGACUCGGUUGGGCGUGCUGAGUGUGCCGGGUGCCCAGAAACACCCAGUGAAGGUGGCGGUGGGCAGAGGACACUCUUUUCCCUGAGCACCAUGUCAGCACCUUUCACGGAGAAGCCCACCAGCCUCUGUGCUGACCUUUUCACUGUAUUGUUUAAUACUUUCUCCGUUAACUGGAUUAACAGCGCACAGGAGCUGUAGAGUGGCAGAGAGAGGGCAUCCACGUGUCAGCCUCACGAACUUGCAGGUUUCAUUUAAUGAGAAUCUGCUAAGUGCCAGGUACAGCUGCCUUUAGAGUAUAGUUGAAUGCAUUUGAGAAAUACAGGCUUUGAGAAGCUCACGUUGGGAGAAUCCGAGACAGUGCUCUAGUGUGAGACUCUCCCCUAGAACCCCAAGGGUGGUCCGUCUGUCUGUGCUUGGAUGCCCUCGGGGGCAGAGGUCUCAUUCUGAGUUUUGGCCACUUAAAGCCAUUAGUGUAUUUAUUCUUUCACUGGCCUAACCUCGGUCUCUGAGUGCUGUCUUCUGAGGCCGCACAGGGUGGCUUGCUCCCUGUUCUCUGUGACAGCCCUUCAGAUAUCUGAGGCCCCAACAGAAAUCUUCUCUGUCCCGAACAGCCCCAGCUCCCGCAGCUCUCCCCUCUCAUGGGGGGUGUGGGGGCGGGUGCCCGUGGAGGAGCUGGAGGGGACUCCAGGACCCUGACCAGUGAGGGCCCCACUCAGCCUCAGCAGGUGGGCUGGACAGGUGCUCACAUGACUGCAGUGCAGGGGGUGAGUGGCAGAGGUAGGGGUCCAGGUUGGCGGGCUUUUCCAGAAAUCCUAGGCUAUCUGGUCGUACCCACCAAACAUAGAAAUGUCUGUUUAUCUUUUCCCCACCACCUGCUAAACAGGGCUGUAAGAUGGUCCCGCUCAGAAAUGGAGGGAAGAGAGACCACUGGAGGAGCUGAGCACCUCUGGGGACCCAUGCGCUGUGGCCACCAUCGUUUCUGCACUUGGCCGAGGUCAUAGGGCUGCCAUGAGCACCAGUGGCAAGUCCCGUGUGGGCCCACAGGUCGCCCAGGUGUGGCAGGAACGAGCCUGCAGGCUGGUGUGUGUUAAUGCAAAAUAGCACCGCAUUCUCUUUCUUUCCAACCUCAUCCCUUUUUGCCUUGUGUCAAAUUUGGAGGUCUUCUCCCAUCCUGGAUAAUUGAUCUCUUUUUUUUAGGUGGAGAACUUAACCUUUCUCCCAGUUUAAAUUUCCAUCUUUUAUUUUCAACUUUAUUUUCAUCUUUCUAGGCUGUCCAUCUUUCUGAAUCCAGAUUCUGGGAGAACCUGACUCAGUUGGUGGCAGGGUGGGCCAGAUGUGCCAGUGGUUGGGGGACUAGAGCAUUUGGGGGAGGGUCUAGCAGAAGACAGUGGCAAGCUGCUAGGGGGAGACCAGGAGGGGAGCUGAAGAUUGUCCCGUCCAGGAUGGGCCUCAGAGCCUAUGCAGGCAGAAGGGAGCUACUGAGGCGCUGGCAGAAGAGGCAGCUAGCAUGGGCACAAACGUUUCAGGGCAGGAAUUGAUUUCUGUAAAAGAUCCAGUGUCCUUAGCAAGAAGCCAAGGCAGGAACAAUGACCCAGGCACAUACCAGAAAAGGACCUGCUGUGGAGCGUGAGGGACGUGGUCACGAGGGUCCCUCCAGAGCAAGGCUGCUGUGCGCAGAGCUUCUGUGCCUCUCAUUCAGCUGACAUCUACCGUACCCCUGCCGGGUGCCUGGAACGCGGUGAGCAGAGCCUGACAGAGCCCGCCCUCCUGGGGCUGUGCGAGGGAGAGCGAGUGCGUGACUACAGAUGUGAUCAAGGAGCGUGCACACCUGGGGACUGGACCCAAUCGGGAGAGGCUUCGCUGAGCACGGAAGGGAGACAGAUCAAAGUCAGCCAAGGGAAGACUUACCGUGCACAGGCGUUGCCACCAGGGGAUCUCCACCAAGCCUCAGUUUUCAGAGUCUCUGCUGGGGCUCCACCACGUGGACAUGCUGACUCUGCACAUGGCUGACCUCUGCCCCUGGCCCUCUGGAAGUUGAGCUGAUACUGCAUGGCCCAGAGCCCCAUCCUAAGGCACACUGUUAACUCUCUGGCGUGGCCCAAAGCCCCCAGGGAAACAAAGACACUCCAAUCAGGCAGGGCACUCGAGGGCUUAGAGGUCACCUCUCAGAAACUGAGGGCCAAGGCUAAACACCUCUUUGGGCAAGUCAGAUUUUUACUACAUUUGGCAAGGGGAGCAGGCGCUUCUAGGUGUUUUGUCUGUGCCUAUUGAUGGUUUGGGGUCAGAGGCUUCUGCAGCCCUGUCCUAUGUACAUGGGCGACAAUGCAGGGAGCUCACCCCUUGUCACUGCUCGAGCCCCCAGGUCCCUGGCCUGUCUACAGUCUUCUUUCCACCUUCCAGGGGCUUCCUGAAGUGUGUUCUGUUACACUAGAGUUGAGUUGGAGGGAGGAGAGGGCCGCUCUGUCCUGGGGGACGGGGAGUAAAGCCAGCUAGGGCACUACUCACCUCUGAGCCGGCCUUCCCACAACUCCGUCAGCUUUCUCCAUCUGCACAACUGGCCAGAGACAACGUCUUGUUUCCCAAGAUGUCCCUGGCACUCAGUGAAGCCCCUAGGACACACCUGUGCUCAGUGUUUGCUGAGUGGGGCCAGGCCAGGCGUGGUCUGCAUCACCAGCAUCCACGCUGUGGUCCACAGCCUUUGUCACAGUUGUAAAUGGCUACACGUUUGCCGUCAUCUGGCCUGCACUUCUCUGCCCUGGCCGCUCCGAGCUGGCCUGGCCUGCUGGCCCACCCUGCUGUAGCCUGGGGACCUGCAGGCUGUCAGGAGCUGUCACCCAGAACCCUCCCUCGCUGCUUUCUUGCCUCCUUCUGUUGUUGGGGAUCAGGUGGCCGUCCCUGUCCUCAGUCGAGGUACUGCUGCUGUUGUGUGUCCCCUGAAGGGGUGCUGAUGGGCCCUUGGAGCCUGGAGGGUGUGCACGUGGGCCACCCCAGCAGCCAGGCAGACCCCCGGUGCCCACUUACCUCGUGCAUUCUGCCCUUUCCACAUUGAGGGCACAGAUGAGGCAGGAUUGUGCUGCUUUCUCGGUCACCCUGCACCUGCAUCAUAGCCAGAGGCAGGGCCCAUCUCUCACGUCUGUGUGGUCUGGGUGUACCCCAGAGGGGUGGCAGGGGAGGGCUGUCUUCAGUGUCUCCAUAACCUUAAGUUUUAGCCUCCUUGUUAAUUUCACUAUCGCUCUUCUUCACCAGGGUCCCCACCCCUCUGCCACACUGCCCCCCUCCCUUUCAGCGUGCGGACAGGGUCUCAUCCCCUCUUGGUCACUCAGGCUUUGGACCAAGGGGUGGAGCCACUAAUCAGGUGCCUAACAGGUGGAGGGGGCAGGGGGAGGGCAGCAGCUGGCUAAUCGGGGAGGGGUCCAGGGCGUCAGAAAGUACCUGUCCCAAGGCCCUCCAAGUCCCCGAGGGAUCAGAAAGCAGGCGUCAGAGAGGAGAGGCUCGCUGGUCUCAGUCUGUAAUUCAGUCUGUUGUCGCCCCUCCAGGUUCCUCCAGCGCGAUGUCCCGUCUCUCCAGGAAGCUGCAGUGAGCGACCUGCGAGGGCCCGGCCGGGCAGCAUGGCCAGGCCCCGGCUCUUCCGGCUGUGGCUGGCGCUGGGCUCGGUCCUCAUGAUCCUGCUCAUCAUCGUGUACUGGGACAACGUGGGCACCGCCCACUUCUACCUGCACACGUCCUUCUCCAGGCCGCACCCCACCCCCGGGCAGGGCGAGGACCAGGACGCGGAGGACUUUCUAGACAAGCUGCUCGGCUCCGGGAAGCCUGGCGACCUUUCCGGGAGGAAGACGGAGCCGCCGCCCGCGGGGCCCAGCAGGCCGGCGCAGAGCCACUUGGAGGAGAGCGUGCGGGGCUACGACUGGUCCCCGCACGGCGCCCGGCAGAGCCCGGACCAGGGCCGGCAGCAGGCGGAGCGCAGGCGCGUGCUGCGGGCCUCCUGCGCCAACGCCAGCCUGGCCUUCCCCACCAAGGAGCGCUCGUUCGACGACAUCCCCAACUACGAGCUGAACCACCUCAUCGUGGACGACCGGCACGGCGUCAUCUACUGCUACGUGCCCAAGGUGGCCUGCACCAACUGGAAGCGCGUGAUGAUCGUGCUGAGCGAGAGCCUGCUGGACCGCGGCGCGCCCUACCGCGACCCGCUGGACAUCCCGCGCGAGCACGUGCACAACUCCAGCACGCACCUGACCUUCAACAAGUUCUGGCGCCGCUACGGCAGGUUCUCGCGCCACCUCAUGAAGAUCAAGCUGAAGAAGUACACCAAGUUCCUGUUCGUGCGCGACCCCUUCGUGCGCCUCAUCUCGGCCUUCCGCAGCAAGUUCGAGCUGGAGAACGAGGAGUUCUACCGCAGGUUCGCCAUGCCCAUGCUGCGGCUGUACGCCAACCUCAGCAGCCCGCCCAGCUCGGUGGGCGAGGCCUUCGGCGCGGGCCUCCGCGUGUCCUUCGCCAACUUCAUCCAGUACCUGCUGGACCCGCGCACCGAGCGCCUGGCGCCCUUCAACGAGCACUGGCGGCAGGUGUACCGCCUCUGCCACCCGUGCCAGAUUGACUACGACUUCGUGGGCAAGCUGGAGACGCUAGACGAGGACGCGGCGCAGCUGCUGCGGCUGCUCAGGGUGGACGGGCGCCUGCGCUUCCCCCCGAGCUACCGGAACAGGACCGCCAGCAGCUGGGAGGAGGACUGGUUCGCCAAGAUCCCCUUGGCCUGGCGGCAGCAGCUGUACAAACUCUACGAGGCCGACUUCGUUCUCUUCGGCUACCCCAAGCCCGAAAACCUCCUCCGAGACUGAGCGCGGGCGGCCUCUGUCCCCCGGCUUGUCGCCUGCGGCCCCACACACUCCAGUUUUUUACGUGACCUACGAUUUUGCGACCAGGACAUCUUGUUUACUCCACUGCCUCUACUGAGUACUGUGUUGAUAUUUUUUUAAGAUUAAUAUAUUUCAGAUAUUUAAUAUGAAACGUGGGAGGAAUCUCUGGAGUAAAGUGUCCCCGCUGUCCUGUC